CAUUCGCAAAGUGUUUGUGAAAUACAUCCAGAGACAAUUUUGGUUUUCUAACAAAAGGCGAUGAUUUUGACAUUUCGAAGAUGGUGUUGGAAUUCGUGCUGCGAAAGCAGCCCUCGACGGAUCGCCCAAAAGAACAAAUUCCUUCCAUAUGUUGUGAGUCUCGUGGCCAUGAAGCUGACAGUCAUGAUGCUGCUAGCGUCCAAUAAGCGCGGUCAUCCACAAAGAAUGGGAACCGCUCUGUCAGCCGAUUCUUCAUUGGCGGUAACGGCGGUGGACGCGGUAGGCGAAGAGGAGAUGAAGAACCGACGCUAUUGGCAAAUGUUGGAAAAUUUGGAGGAAGCGGAUAUUGAGGGAACAGGAAUCAACCGCACAUCACCGUCCUCUAUAUGGUUAAUUUACAAUCGCGUUCCCAGAUGCGGUGGACUUACCAUGGUUUUCCUGAUGAAGGAAUUAGCUAAAGUUAACCGAUUCGCUCAUCAACGACAUCAGUACAGAACGCCUUGGAACAGAUUGUUAAUUGAAGAAGAAAUGAAGAACUUGGUCACAUGGUUUGAAUAUCAACAUCAGGCAAAAAGCUAUGACCGCCAUUUUCUCCAUGUCAAUUUCACGCGAUUUCAACGGUACACGAAAAAUCUAAGGCCAACUUACAUCAAUAUUGUACGCGAUCCAGCUGAACGCGAAUACUCGGCUUUUCGCGGAAGAAGGUCGCAGGAUCCACUUCAAAUCACCCAAGAGAUUAAACGGAGGGAUGCCGCAGGAGCUGGAACGGGAAUGGAAUGGUACACAAAAUCCUUUGACGACUGCAUUCUUGAUGAGGAUCCUGAAUGUGCCUUCAACUCUUCAGAGUACACCUUCAGCCGGGCAAUUCCAUAUUUUUGCGGGCAGGAUCCACGAUGCCUGGUUCCACGCAGCAGGUGGGCAUUACAACGAGCGAAAUUCAUUAUCGAACACGAAUACUCGGUGGUGGGAAUCCUUGACAAGAUGAACGAGACGCUCCAGGUCCUCGAGCGUUACAUUCCACGCUUCUUUGCUGGCUCUUCCAAGAUCUACUACAGCAGAGGUUACGGCCGGCGGCAUGAGAACCGUUACAUCAAGAGUAAGCCGUCCCUAAGCGAGAAGGUGUUGGCAAAAUUGAGAGAUUCACUGUCGGAUGAGUACGAAUUGUACGAUUUUUGCCAGCAGCGAUUGUAUCACCAGUACCAAGAAACCAUCAACACACAUUAGAAGUGGAAACCCUGCGUCCAGCUGCAAUCACAACACAGAAUAUGCUUUGACUAAAAAAUUUAAAAAAAAAAAUGGAAGUUUUACAUUAAGGAGCCUUCGGAGAGCGAACAAUAAUUCUUCCCUCAAGGCCACAGAGAGGGAAUAGCAACAAACAUGUCAGCAUCAUUAUGUGAGUGCGGAACAAGACCUUGUUCUGUCAGUCAAAAGAGAGCUUCAAUUUUGUCCUCAGACGAACCAAGAACGAUAUUCGUGCGGCAGAGCGCCUCGUCGAGCGUAAAAUGUGUGUUUAGGAGAGAAGCGCAAGAAAUUAGUCACAUUUGACGUGUAAACGUCAGCAAAGCGGAAAAGACGCCGUGAGAAAUAAGUGGGGUUGUGGUAUGUUCUAAACAAGCUACCAAACUGUUCGUUGAACACAUGUUUUGUAUCUUUCCUAUAAUAAAAGAAAAAAAGUUAUAAUCUUA